AUGGUGCGCAGCUUGUUAGCAUGCGCUGCCCGCUUGCCAAGGGCAGCCUUUGUCUCCUGGGUACCAUUUGGAGCACGGAGGGGGCCUGUCGCCGUCCUCCCACGCACAGCACGCAUAUUGGAUGUUCGUCUAUUCGCGAACGCCGUCGGCAACACGUUACCGGCGCCGGAAGCAGCAGAUGUGCCCCGGACCCUCGAGAAGAGCGGUGACGAUGACGCCGACGUCGCGGAAAAGAGGUCCAAGGAUAGACUUCAGGCUGUUGUCAAGAAGCACCUGCGUCACAUGUCUGACGACCCGUGGGCCGUGGGCCAGUACGUCGAAAAGGCCCUUGCGCGCGGUGCCUUUGACGAGGCGCUCCUGCUGGUGCAGAAAUCGAGUGCCGGUGGGAAUCAGGUUGUCGUGGCCUGGAACCACCUGAUUGACUAUCAGUUCCAGCGGCAGCAGCUGAAGCACGCCCUCAAGCUGUACAAUGAUAUGAAGAAACGCGGUCAGCUCCCCAACGCUCGUACCUUUACCGUCAUGUUCCGCGGCCUGGCUAAGUCUCAACACCCGAAGCAGGCUGUCGCCGAGGCCGUAAAGCACUACAAUGUUCUCCUCAACGACAAGCGUCUGGAGCCCAACUCGAUCCACCUCAACGCCGUCCUCAACGUGUGCGCCCGCGCCGGCGACCUGGAAAACAUGUUCCUCAUCGCCAACAGCGUCAACGAGUCCACCCGUUCGCCCACGGCAUACACCUACACCACCAUCUUCAACGCCCUGCGCCACCACAGCGCCGCCGCCUCCCCUCGCGCCGGCGCCGGCUCCCGCGCUUCCAGAGACGAAGACGGCGACGACCUGCCCGCCGACCAAAAGUACGCCAACGCCAUCAAGGUGGUCGAGCGUGCCAAGGGUCUCUGGGAGGAAGUGGUCCGCAAGUGGUUCGCCGCGAGGAUCGUCAUCGACGAGGAGCUCGUCUGCUCCAUGGGCAGACUUCUCCUCGCUUCCCCGCGUCGCGAGGACAAGCGUCAGAUCUUUGACCUGCUCGAGCAGACCAUGAAGAUCCCCAACCUCGUACUGAAGCCCGAGCUGGGUACCGCCCAACCGGACGAGUCGAUGCGCAACAUUGCCGCCACAGCAGCAGCAGCAGCAGCAGCGGCAGAAGCAACCCCCGAGCAGCAGAAGCCACCGCAGCAGCGAGGCAACGCCGCCAGGCCGCAUCACAAGAACCGCCCGGCCGCUUACGCCGUGCCCGGCCGCAACACACUCGCCCUCGUGCUCACGACGCUGUCUGCCACGCGCCAGACGACGGCAGGCAUCAAGUACUGGAACCUGAUGGUGCGCCACUACGGCGUCGUGCCUGACCGCGACAACUGGCUGAGGCUCCUGGGCAUGCUCAAGGUGGCGCGAUCGAGCGCGCACGCGGCGUCCAUCGUCGACAUGAUGCCCGACUCCCACCUGGACGCCACGGCUUUCCGCAUAGCCAUGGAGACGUGCGUGCGCGACAACCUGAACCGCAAUAGCGUGGCCAACGCCAACGCCAUCCUUGACAGCAUGCUCCGCCGCCUGGAGCACCCAGACCUGCACGCCAUGCGCCUGUACUUGCGCGUCGCGCUCGUGAGCCACGUGCACCUCCGCUCCAUGCCCGACGUCGAGGAGGCCAAGCGUCUGUACGGCGUGCAGAUCACCGAGUCCCUCGCCCGUCUGUGGGACCCCUACAAGGCCGCCCACUACCGAUGCUUCAAGGCCUCUGACCCGUCCCGCAGCAGCGGCAGCGGCAGCGGCAACCUGUAUAACGAGAAGCGCGAAGUCAUUGCCCUGGCCCGUCAGUUCAUCAGCGCCUUCGACAAGGUCACGUCCGAACACCUCCUCCCGGAAAAAGACCUGCGCGACCUGAAGCCUAUAGCUGCCAAGAUCAACCGCGAGGUCCAGUCCUUCUUCGCCGACCGCGAGACUCGCGAGCCCAACCUCCCCUCCUCCCUGUCCAAGAGGACAACCACCGAGAACGACGAUGACGACGACCUCGUCAUGAGGCAAGGCUCAGAAUGGGUCUGGGACACGUACAGACCUCCCAGACGGGAACCAGAACCCAGAUACAACAAGAACAACAAGAACAACAUUAAUAGCAGUAGAGACAGAGUCAGGGAUAACCGUGGUAAUGGCAAGACUUCCUAUCCAUGGGAACCGACGCCAUCGCGCGAAGACUCCAUCCAAGCUCCCCAGUCUAGAUCUAGACCAAGGUCGACGGGUAACUACCAGAGGCCUGGAAACAGAUCGUCAUCAAACGAUAGGCGGGACCAGUGGUAG